CCAUUUUCAGCUUCUUCUCUUCUCACAACCCGACAAAACUCUUUCUCUCUCUCUCUCUCUCUGCUUCAGUGGCUGUAGCUCGUAAUUUCCCCUCAAAAACCUCACCUUUUUCGAUUCCCUUUUUUCCUCUCAUUCAUUCUCCCUUCCCCAAUCGUCUUCCAUUUAUUUCCCAUCUCACAGAACCACAGACACACCAAAACGACCCUUUCAAACUUCAAACAAAAACACUAAUACCCCCUCUUUUUUCCAUUCUCAACAACACUCAGAAAGAUGGUAUCUCUAUACAAGCUUGAAUCUCGUGGGAUUGUAUAGCCCACAACAUAAAGCUCUCAACUUUCUUCUUCUCUUUGUUCUCUCUGCAACUUUCCUUCCUCCUUCUCUCUCUCAAGCUUCCUCUGCCGGAGGAUGGCAUGCCGGCGCCGGGAACUGAUCGUAGUGAACUUGGAUCCAGAGAGGAAGCUAAGUGGAGGCUUGAGGACCAAACAAGCAGGGAGAGGAUCCUGCCGCGGAAGCUAGUCUUCGCUUCAAGAACUUGCAGGAAGAAGAAGAAAAAGAAGAAGAAGAAGAAGAAUGCAACUUGCUUGGUUUUGACCCCUUUUCUCUACUUCUCUGUUGCUGAAUGCUAAGUGUUUCAACGCUGCGUCGGAAGAUUAAAGACCGAAACUUUAAGCCUUUUUGUGGAGCCCCUUUUUGAGUUCAAGCAGAAAACAGAAAUGGGGUUUUUGUUGAAGGAAGCUUUGAAGACUCUCUGUGCUCGGCACCAGUGGUCUUAUGCGGUGUUUUGGAAGAUCGGAUGUAAUAAUUCCAAGCUGUUAAUCUGGGAAGAUUGCUACUACGAACCCUUGCUGUCUCCUUUUCCGGCAAGCGUUGCCGGGGAGGGAAGCUGGUUUUCUUCGGAGUCUCAGUUGUCGCAGCUAGGAAUUCAGGAUGAGGACAGAGUCUGUUCUUUGAUUAACAAAAUGAUGGUGAAUAAUUCAGUCAAUAUAGCUGGUGAAGGGAUAAUUGGACGGGCAGCAUUUACGGGAAACUACCAGUGGAUUCUAUUGAACAAUUUUACAAGAAAUGCAUAUCCACCUGAGGUGUAUACUGAGAUUCAUCACCAAUUCUCAGCUGGAAUACAGACAAUAGUGGUUAUUCCUGUGCUUCCGCAUGGUGUUGUUCAACUUGGUUCUUUUUUACCGAUAAUGGAAAAUAUUGGAUUUGUGAAUGAUGUGAAGAGCUUGAUCUUACAAUUGGGAUGUGUUCCUGGUGCCCUUUUAGCUGAUGAUUACUCAGCAAAACUUUCUACCAUAAGUCUUGCAAAACCUGCUAAUGUCGGUAUACCUGUGUCUGUUGAUCCUCCAGUUAUUACCCCAAACUGCCCUCCUUUGAUAGCUGGUGGCUCGAACCAAGCAAGUAAUUCAUCUCAUGUUCCAAAGUCUAUUGUUCAACACAUAAAUAAUUAUGACGGUUCGAUAGUGACGCCUCAAAGCCGUAACAUAAACCAGAUAUCAUCCAAAUACCAUAAUGAACCUUGUAAACCUAAUGACCACUCAAUAACCAAAACAAACGUCAGUGGCCAACAAGAGAGUAUGGUUGUGAAGGCUGAAGCUGAAUUGAUGCCAUCAAAUUUCAGUUCAUGUAUGCAAAAGCAAUCUGGUUCUUAUAAUACAAGAUCUGCAUACAAUGAUUUAGCCAGUUUCCGCCAACCAAGUCUCGGUGAUUGCAGCCUUAAAUACAUGGAACAGCAAAUCUUAUCUGGAGUUGGGAGACAAAGUCAUGUUAGUCCUAAUAUGAACACAUCAAGCACCUUAAAUAUGGCUCAACUGAAAACAAAUAGCAGCCGUAUUCUUGGAUGUGUCCAGAGUUCUCCAAAUUCUUCAGUUCUUGGAGGAGUCCCAACAUCUGGUGGGAUGACUAAUCUUAUGAGGACAGAUAUGAUUAACGGGUCGGCUUCAAGCCUACCACAAAAUGUUGGGGUUGGACUUCAAAAUGAUAGAUCAACUAGAGCUGGCAUGCAUUCUGUGUCUAAUUUGACCAAUCAAUCAGUAACCACUCACAUGCCUUCAGAAGAUUCUAAUCAGAAGAAUCAUGCUGUUGAUUUGAAGCGUGCUUAUGAUGCUCUGGCUUCGUUGGAUCAAGGGCUAGAUGAUGUGAUGCUUCAGGACUUUAAAAUCCCAUUUCUUCAUCUUGAGGAUCAUGUAUCCAUGAACGAUCAGAUCUCGGGGUUUGUUGGUGAUUGUCUCAUUAAGGAUGCUACUAGUCAACAUAUGAUGGGAAAUGCUAAACAUGAAGAAGCUUGCACUCAACCUCCAUCGAGUGACGACCUCUUUGAUGUUUUAGGUGCAGAUUUUAAAAUGAAACUGCUGAAUGGAAACUGGAAUAAGUUGCUUGCUGAUGAACCAGAUGCCGGUGCUGAAAACUUAGAUAACAAGCCAACAUACAUGAAUAUGCAUGGAGCUCCACAUUAUAGUAGAUCGAUAAGCGAAACAAUAUCAAGCAGUGGUAUCAUCUCUGCCACCUGCACUGACAACCUCUUAGAUGCUGUGAUCUCAAGGGCUCAAUCUGCUUCUGCCGGGAAACAGAAUUCCGAUGAUAUGUCAUGCAGGACAACAGUGACAAGGACUAGUACCUCCUCAACUCCCUCUCCGGCCUGUAAACAAGUUCUGUUUGAUGUUCCCAAGACGGGGGACAAGAUAGGUUCAGCCGAAACCAGUUCUGCUAAGAACACUUCCAUUUAUGGAUCUCAACUUAGUUCCUGGAUUGAGAAUGGGAGCAGUGUGAAGUGUGAGAACAGCGUUUCGACUGGAUACUCUAAGAAGCCAGAUGAAGGUAAAUCAAACCGUAAAAGGCUCAAGCCUGGGGAGAACCCCCGCCCUCGACCCAAAGAUCGCCAAAUGAUUCAGGAUCGUGUGAAAGAGUUACGCGAAAUUGUGCCAAAUGGAGCAAAAUGUAGCAUAGAUUCACUCUUGGAAAGGACUAUUAAGCACAUGCUUUUCUUGCAAAGUGUAACGAAGCACGCCGACAAGCUGAAACAAACUGGGGAGUCUAAGAUUAUUAGUAAGGAAGGUGGAUUGCUUUUGAGAGAUAAUUUCGAGGGAGGAGCGACAUGGGCGUAUGAGGUUGGUUCACAGUCAAUGGUUUGCCCUAUCAUAGUCGAGGAUCUGAGUCCUCCGCGUCAGAUGCUAGUUGAGAUGCUUUGCGAGGAGCGCGGUUUCUUUCUCGAAAUAGCUGACUUAAUCCGAGGACUAGGCUUAACCAUCUUAAAGGGUGUCAUGGAAACUCGCAAUGACAAGAUUUGGGCGCGCUUUGCUGUUGAGGCAAACAGGGAUGUAACAAGGAUGGAAAUAUUCAUGUCGCUGGUUCGUCUUUUGGAGCAAACAGUGAAGGGAAAUGCAUCUUCAUCGAAUGCAGUCGACAACAUGAUGGCUUAUCAUUCUUUUCCACAAGCUACCCAGAUACCCGCGACCGGUAUGCCUACUAGUUUGCAAUGAGCCACCUGCAACUUGAUUGUUCUCUUGGAAUGGAUGUGUGUUGAGAGCAAGUUUUAAAGCACUUGCAAUGACCGAUAUCAAAUCUAGUCCGAGACUUCGGCAGGCGAUCCUAACUUGGUCUAACUGCAACCAUCUUGAGCCUUUUUCGAUUUGACCGGCCUCAUUCUGGAGGAGGAGGAUGUGUCUAGUUAAGUUAAUAUGCAAUCAAUCCAACUUUGGAUAAUUUAUAUGAAUGUGUCCUCCUCUCAUAUGACUUGCCUCCAAUUUUUUUCCUGUUCGAGUAAAAUUCCGUCGGUGAAAUGCACGAUGCUCGGCAGUUGUCGCAGCCGUUCUGAUGAUGUAUAGAUGUUGUAGGAUUUGGAAAUGGGGGUCAAGCUAUGCUCUUUGUAUUCCCUCUUUUUUCUCCAUUUUUCCCCCUUGGAGUGGUGUGAUCUUGCCUUUGUCAAACUUAAACCGUUAUGAAUUUCAGCUUUGUGUGGUUUGUAAUGUAAAUGUGGAAUUUGUUUUUAAA